UCAAAAAAGAGAGAGGGUAGUUUUGUCAUUUGGCUUUUCUUUUAGGGUUCGAAGAUCCUCCCCAUUUCUUACUCUACCGAGCACACUAGCUUCCUUUCAACACGACUCAUCACUAUUGAUCCCGGAUUUGAAUCGGAAGAUCUCCCAACACUGAGCAUCCCUCCGUCGUCUUCCGAUCUUAUCAAUGCCGAUCGAUAAGAUCUUCAAAGAUGAUGCUAGUGAAGAGAAAGGCGAACGCGCGAGGAUGGCAUCGUUUAUCGGUGCGAUGGCUAUUGCUGAUCUCGUCAAGUCUACCUUAGGGCCAAAGGGAAUGGAUAAGAUCUUGCAAUCUACUGGUAGAGGUCAUUCCGUCACUGUGACUAACGAUGGUGCUACUAUUCUCAAGUCACUUCACAUUGACAACCCUGCUGCUAAAGUUCUUGUUGACAUCUCGAAAGUUCAAGAUGACGAGGUUGGUGAUGGGACUACUUCUGUUGUUGUCUUGGCCGGGGAGCUUCUCAGGGAAGCUGAGAAGCUCGUUACUUCUAAGAUCCACCCCAUGACGAUUAUAGCAGGUUACAGAAUGGCUGCAGAAUGUGCUCGUGAAGCUCUACUGAAAAGAGUAAUGGAUAACAAGGAGAAUGCAGAGAAGUUUAGGUCGGAUUUGAUGAAGAUUGCGAUGACUACUUUAUGCUCCAAAAUUCUCUCGCAAGAUAAGGAACACUUUGCGGAAAUGGCCGUUGAUGCUAUAUUCAGGCUAAAGGGAAGCACAAACUUGGAAUCUAUUCAGAUCAUCAAAAAACCUGGAGGGUCUCUGAGGGAUUCAUUUUUGGAUGAAGGAUUUAUUCUUGACAAGAAGAUCGGAAUUGGGCAGCCAAAGCGCAUAGAGAACGCAAAGAUCUUGGUAGCAAACACUGCAAUGGACACUGAUAAAGUCAAAAUUUACGGUGCACGUGUCCGUGUGGAUUCUAUGACCAAGGUUGCUGAGAUCGAAGGGGCUGAAAAGGAAAAGAUGAAAGACAAGGUUAACAAGAUCCUUGCCCACGGUAUCAACUGCUUUGUCAACAGGCAGUUGAUCUACAAUUUUCCCGAGGAACUCUUCGCAGAUGCUGGUGUACUUGCUAUUGAGCAUGCGGACUUUGAAGGAAUAGAGCGUCUUGGUUUGGUUACAGGCGGUGAGAUCGCUUCAACCUUUGACAACCCAGAGUCUGUUAAGCUUGGGCAUUGCAAGCUCAUCGAAGAAAUCAUGAUUGGUGAAGACAAGUUGAUCCAUUUCUCUGGCGUUGCGAUGGGCCAGGCUUGUUCAAUCGUCCUACGUGGUGCUAGUCACCAUGUUCUAGAUGAAGCUGAAAGAUCACUUCAUGAUGCCUUGUGUGUGCUCUCCCAGACAGUGAAUGACAGUAGGGUGUUGCUCGGAGGUGGAUGGCCGGAGAUGGUGAUGGCAAAGGAAGUAGAUGAGCUUGCAAGGAAAACCGCUGGCAAAAAAUCACAUGCCAUUGAAGCUUUCUCACGGGCUCUUGUAGCUAUACCGACAACAAUCGCUGACAAUGCUGGUCUAGACAGCGCCGAAUUGGUCGCUCAGCUUCGUGCGAAGCACCACAACGAAGGGUGUAACGCCGGGAUCGAUGUCAUCUCUGGAGCUGUAGGAGACAUGGAGGAGAGAGGAAUCUAUGAAGCAUUCAAAGUGAAGCAAGCGGUUCUGCUUUCUGCAACAGAAGCAGCUGAGAUGAUACUGCGAGUGGAUGAGAUCAUUACUUGUGCUCCCAGGAGGAGAGAAGACAGGAUGUGAUGACAUUACAUGAUCACAAACCUCUCCAGUGGUGAUGUUAAAUGCAUUAGAUUGUGAUUUUGAUUUGGAUCAGAAAACAGCUUCAUAUGUUUGAUGUUUGCUCCUUAAACUUGUCUCUUUGGUUUGGUUUGGUUUGGUUCUUUUUCGAAUAUGGUUUUGACUUGGGUUUCAGAGGUUUUGACGAAAUGUAUGGAAUCACCUGCAUCCGAUACAAUAUCAACUAUUUGUAUCUCUUUCGGUCAGAGGAUGAUCCAUGUAUGUUAGAUAAUUUUGUUUCUUUUUUCACAAGUAUGAUCAAUAUUUUACCAUGUUGAUA